GUAAGCGGGCCGAAGAAGAAUAGCGGUGCAACACAAAAAGGGCUCCCCUUGGAAACAUCACCCUGUUAUCCUUGAGAGUUCAAGUCCUUCUUUUCCUUCUUCUGAAAGGCAGACCAGGCCUUCCAGCUGCCUAGCCCAGCUUGAUCUACCAUCUGGAGCAAGAGGAAGACCCUUGGGUUCCGGAUCAGUCAGUCAUGAUGGAGAAGGAAGUUCUAUCAGAGCCUGAUUCAGAAUUUCCUGAUGUGAUCAUAAAGCUGGAAGAAGAGGAGGAGCCAUGGGUCCUGGAUCACCAGAGGUGUGAGGAUAGUCGAACCAUCCAAGGUACCAACUCAGGGUAUCCUAACGACGAAAAAGUUGAAAAAGAAAUUAUAGAAUUUUAUCGAUCCAAUCCACAUCUGUGGAAUCCAAGUCAUGUGGACUAUUACAAAAAGAACAGGAGGGAUUCCACAUUGACAGUGUUAAGAGACCUUUUAGCUUCUGAACAUGGUAUCAACAUCACUUGCCACGGACAUAUGAAAGAAGAAGACCAUCUUCCAUGGGAAAUCACUAAUGAAGUAAAAACAAAUAACAUAUCUUUGGGAACAGUCAACGGGAAUAUCUCUCAUCAUCCAAAGAAGGCAUUUGUUUCUGUGAAGGAAGGCAGAACAGAAAGGCAGCACAGAAAUCCCUCGGAGAAGCAAAUAGGAGAGACUUUAUCCUGCUUGGGGAAUGGAACUAAGAACACUAGGUUCCAAAUGAAAGACCGUAAACCUGGAAGAAUGCUUCCAAAAGGGAAGGAACUGUUCAGACACUUGGAUGGCGAGAAAAGAUCCGCUUGGAAAUAUUACCUGAUAACACACAGAAAACGCCAUCCAAGAGGUAAACUGUAUGCAUGUCUUGUCUGUGGGAAAAAAUUCUUUCGGAGGUCACAUCUUAUCAGACACGAGAUAAACCAUACAGGAGAGAAACCGUAUCCAUGUUCAGUCUGUGAGAAAAGCUUCAGUCAAAGAUCCCAUCUGAUUAGCCAUGAAAAGACCCAUACGGGUGAAAAGCCAUAUCAGUGCUCCAUCUGUGGCAAAAAAUUAAGCCGUAAAGCACUCCUUAUGAGACACAAAAGAAUUCAUACAGUGGAGAAACCCUAUAAGUGUUGUGUAUGUGGCAAAAGCUUCUGCCAGAGUUCAGACCUUAUUGCGCAUCAGAUCACCCACACAGGAAAGAAACCGCAUGUAUGCUCAGUCUGCGAGAAAGGCUUUUGUCGCAAAGCAAGCCUUGUUAGACAUGCGCAAACUCAUAUGAGAGAGAAACCAUGUUCAGUCUGUGGCAAGAUGUUCAGUCAGUGCUCUUGCAUUCUUCAGCAUGAGAGGAUUCAUACCGACGAGAUCCCAUAUACAUUCUCAGUCUGUGGGAAAAGUCUUCUGGGACACAAGGGGAUCCAUUCAGGGGGGAGACCAUAUACUUGCUCAAUCUGUGGGGAAAGCUUCAGCUGGAAAAGUUACCUGGCUGUCCACGAAAAGAGCCACAGUGAAGAAAGUUCCUACAUCUGUUCUGUUUGCGGGAAAAGCUUCGACCAAAGAUCCAGCCUGCUCAGCCACGAAAAAACUCACAUGCAGGAAAAGACCUACACGUGUUCCAUUUGCAGCAAAAGCUUUGUCCACAAAGUCAGCCUGGUUCGGCAUGAACGCGUCCACACAGGAGAGACGCCUUACAAAUGCUCUGUCUGCGGGAAAGGCUGCAGUGGGCGAACCAACCUGGUUUCCCAUGAAAGGACCCACACGGAAGAAAGGCCAUACCCUUGCUCCUUCUGUGGCAAAAGCUUCAAGCAGCGAUCUAACCUGACAAGCCACGAAAGGAUCCAUACGGGAGUAAUGCCUUUUGCAUGCUCCCUUUGUGGAAGAAGCUUUGGCUGCAAAGCAAACCUCCUUGGGCACAUGAGAACCCACACGGGGGAGAAGCCGUACGCAUGCCCCAUUUGUGGGAAAAGGUUUGGAAACAAAUCGCAAGUGGUGAUCCACGAGAGAAUCCACACAGGAGAGAAGCCCUACACUUGUUCGGUAUGCGGGAAGAGAUUCAAACACCGAACGAGCCACACCGAACACCAAAAAAUCCAUACGCAGGAGAAACCCUUCACGUGCUCCGUCUGUGGCCGACGGUUCAGUCGUAAGGAGCACUUGAUCAUCCACGGGAGGAUCCACACCGGAGAGAAGCCCUACUCGUGCUCCUUCUGCGAGAAGAGCUUCAAGCAGAAAGCAAGCCUUACCUCCCACGAGAGAAACCACACCGGAGAGAAACCUCACGUCUGUUCUGUCUGCAGUAAAAGUUUCAAUCGAAGAUCGAACCUUAUCUAUCACGAGAGAAUCCAUACGGGAGAAAAACCCCACCUGUGUACAGGCUGUGGGAAGAGUUUCAGGAGCAAAGCGUAUUUGAAAAGGCAUGAAAAAAUGCACCUGAGAUAAAGAACGAACGUGAAAAAUGAUCUGUGAACUUGCAGUGAAAGUUAUGGUCAAGAGAAGAUGAAACACUCUUUCUAAAAGGGUCAUUAUAGGUUGCUGUGAGUUUUUUUGGUCUGUAUGGCCAGAAACCUUUAAAGCCCUGUAUGGUUGUGGCCCAGGGUUGGUGGUUUAGCACAGCUGGUAAAUCAUCAGCAAUUAUAAGAUCUAUCAACCAAAAGGUUGCAAGUUC